AUGUCUAGAGGAUCUCCUGAUCCUCGACUUGCAGGCGCACGUCCAGGCUUUGCAGCAGCUCCUCCGGGUGACUCGGAGCUUGGCCUGACCAGAGCUUUGCUGCUGGACGCAACGGAGAAGCUCACUCCGGAAGAAGAUACUGCUGCUGCCAGUGCCUGCUGCAGGGUACUGCACCGUCCGUACCCAAUGCCUGUCAAGGUUGGAGCGCCAAAACGCUUGGAUCUGCAGAACCGCAGACAUUUCAUUCACGACGGCCACUGCAUGAUGCUUACCUGA